CUCGGCUCAUCAGUAUUAUUAUUAUUAUUAUUAUUCGGCUCCUGCUCAUCAGCUGCAGCAGUCGUGCUCCGGACCGGAGAAGUCGAAAUGGAGGAGAGGCUGUUCGCCACGGAGAAGCACGGUGGCCGGGCGCUCUACAGGCUCCACGCCGUCACGGUGUUCCUGGGGAUAUGCCUGCUGCUCUGCUACAGGGCGACGCACGUCCCGGCUGCCGGCUCCGGCGGCAGGGCGGCGUGGCUGGGGAUGCUCGCGGCGGAGCUCUGGUUCGGCUUCUACUGGGUCAUCACGCAGUCCGUGCGCUGGUGCCCCAUCCGCCGCCGCACCUUCCACGACAGGCUCGCCGCCAGGUUCGGAGAGCGGCUCCCCUGCGUGGACAUCUUCGUGUGCACAGCGGACCCGCGGUCGGAGCCGCCGAGCCUUGUCGUGGCCACGGUCCUGUCGGUGAUGGCGUACAACUACCCGCCCGCGAAGCUCAACGUCUACCUCUCCGACGACGGCGGCUCCAUCCUCACCUUCUACGCUCUGUGGGAGGCCUCCGCCUUCGCCAAGCACUGGCUCCCGUUCUGCAGGAGGUACGGCGUCGAGCCACGGUCGCCGGCCGCUUACUUCGCCCAGUCUGAUGAGAAGCCUCGUCAUGAUCCGCCGCACGCCUUGCAGGAGUGGACGUCCGUCAAAAACCUAUACGAUGAAAUGACGGAGCGGAUUGACUCCGCUGCUCGGACGGGCAAUGUUCCUGAAGAAACUAGAGCGAAACACAAAGGGUUUUCUGAGUGGGAUACGGGUAUUACCUCAAAAGACCACCACCCGAUCGUUCAGAUUCUGAUAGAUGGGAAAGACAAGGCUGUAGCUGACAACGAAGGCAAUGUGCUGCCGACGCUGGUGUACGUGGCACGAGAGAAGAGGCCUCAGUACCACCACAACUUCAAAGCCGGGGCGAUGAACGCUCUGAUCCGAGUAUCGUCCGUGAUAAGCAACAGCCCUAUCAUCCUGAACGUGGACUGCGACAUGUAUUCCAACAACAGCGACACGAUCAGAGACGCGCUGUGCUUCUUCCUCGACGAAGAAACGGGCCACAGGAUCGCGUUCGUGCAGUACCCUCAGAACUACAACAACCUCACCAAGAACAACAUAUACGGCAACUCCCUCAAUGUCAUCAACCAGGUGGAGCUGAGCGGCCUGGACGCUUGGGGCGGCCCGCUGUACAUCGGCACGGGAUGCUUCCAUAGGAGGGAGACCCUGUGCGGCAGGAGGUUCACCGAGGACUACAAGGAAGACUGGGACAGAGGAACCAAGGAGCAGCAGCAGCACCGCCACCGCGUCGACGGCGAGACCGAAGCGAAGGCCAAGUCGCUAGCGACCUGCGCCUACGAGCACGACGACGACACGCGGUGGGGAGACGAGGUGGGGCUCAAGUACGGCUGCUCGGUGGAGGACGUCAUCACGGGGCUGGCGAUACACUGCAGAGGGUGGGAGUCGGUGUACAGCAACCCCGCGAGAGCGGCGUUCGUCGGCGUCGCGCCGACCACGCUCGCCCAGACCAUACUGCAGCACAAGCGGUGGAGCGAGGGCAACUUCGGCAUCUUCGUUUCCAGGUACUGCCCCUUCGUCUUUGGACGACGGGGCAAAACCAGGUUGCCGCACCAGAUGGGCUACUCCAUCUACGGGCUAUGGGCGCCCAACUCGCUGCCUACGCUGUACUACGCUGUCGUCCCUUCGCUGUGCCUGCUCAAGGGCACCCCUCUGUUCCCUGAGCUCACGAGUCCGUGGAUCGCGCCUUUCGUCUACGUCGCGGUCGCCAAGAACGUCUACAGCGCGUGGGAGGCGCUGUGGUGCGGAGACACGCUGAGAGGGUGGUGGAACGGGCAGAGGAUGUGGCUGGUCCGGAGAACGACCUCGUACCUCUACGGCUUCGUCGACACCGUCAGGGACUCGCUGGGGCUGUCCAAGAUGGGCUUCGUGGUGUCGUCCAAGGUGAGCGACGAGGACGAGGCCAAGAGGUACGAGCAGGAGAUGAUGGAGUUCGGGACGGCGUCGCCGGAGUACGUGAUCGUCGCGGCCGUCGCGCUGCUCAACCUCGUGUGCCUGGCAGGGAUGGCGGCGGCACUGGAUGUGUUCUUCGUCCAGGUCGCUCUCUGCGGGGUGCUGGUGCUCCUCAACGUCCCGGUCUAUGAAGCCAUGUUCGUCAGGAAGGACAGGGGGAGGAUGCCGUUCCCGAUCACGCUAGCCUCCGUUGGCUUUGUGACGCUGGCCCUCAUUGUGCCAUUCUUUUGACUUUGAGGUGCUAAUAAUACGUGUACGGGCACACGCACGUUCGCAUGUAUGACGAUUAUGGGCAACAGGCGUGUAAUACCACUAAUACCUAUUAAACA